UCCCCAGGCUCAGCAGGGACCUCUAUGAAGGACCCCCCAAUGUCCCUGCCCAAGUUUGAAGAGCCCAAGUUUGACAUGUUGUACAAGAUCGAGGACGUGCCACCCUGGUACCUGUGCAUCCUGCUGGGCUUUCAGCAUUACCUGACAUGCUUCAGUGGCACCAUCGCUGUGCCCUUCCUCCUGGCUGAGGCGCUGUGUGUGGGCCGCGACCAGUACAUGGUCAGCCAGCUCAUCGGCACCAUUUUCACCUGCGUGGGCAUCACCACCCUCAUCCAGACCACACUGGGCAUCCGGCUGCCGCUGUUCCAGGCCAGCGCCCUUGCAUUUCUGGUCCCAGCCAAAGCCAUCCUGGCCCUGGAGAGAUGGAAAUGCCCGCCGGAAGAGGAGAUCUACGGUAACUGGAGUCUGCCCCUGAACACCUCUCAUAUCUGGCACCCACGGAUGCGAGAGGUCCAGGGCGCAAUCAUAGUGUCCAGCAUGGUGGAGGUGGUGAUCGGGCUGUUAGGGCUGCCUGGGGCCCUGCUCAGCUACAUUGGGCCUCUCACGGUUACCCCCACUGUCUCCCUCAUUGGCCUCUCUGUCUUCCAAGCUGCUGGAGACCGAGCAGGCUCCCACUGGGGCAUCUCAGCUUGCUCCAUUCUCCUGAUCGUCCUCUUCUCCCAGUACCUGCGCAACCUCAACUUCCUGCUGCCUGUCUACCACUGGGGAAAGGGCCUCACUGUCUUCCGCAUCCAGAUCUUCAAGAUGUUUCCCAUUGUGCUGGCCAUCAUGACUGUGUGGCUGCUCUGCUACGUCCUGACCCUGACGGACGUGCUGCCCCCAGACUCCACAGCCUAUGGCUUCCAGGCACGAACGGACGCACGAGGGGACAUCAUGUCUAUUGCACCAUGGAUCCGCAUCCCCUACCCCUGUCAGUGGGGCCUGCCCACAGUGACUGCGGCUGCUGUCCUGGGAAUGUUUAGUGCCACACUAGCAGGCAUCAUUGAGUCCAUCGGAGAUUACUAUGCUUGUGCCCGUCUGGCUGGUGCGCCACCCCCUCCAGUACAUGCUAUCAACAGAGGCAUCUUCACCGAAGGCAUCUGCUGCAUUAUUGCAGGGCUGUUAGGCACUGGCAAUGGGUCCACCUCGUCCAGCCCCAACAUUGGCGUCCUGGGGAUUACCAAGGUAGGCAGCCGGCGCGUGGUGCAGUACGGUGCGGGUAUCAUGCUGGUCCUGGGCACCAUUGGCAAAUUCACGGCUCUCUUCGCCUCGCUCCCGGACCCCAUCCUGGGGGGCAUGUUCUGCACCCUCUUCGGCAUGAUUACGGCUGUGGGGCUGUCCAACCUGCAGUUCGUGGACAUGAACUCCUCCCGCAACCUCUUCGUGCUCGGGUUUUCCAUGUUCUUCGGGCUCACGCUGCCCAAUUACCUGGAUUCCAACCCCGGCGCCAUCGACACAGGCAUUCUUGAAGUGGACCAGAUUCUUACUGUGCUGCUGACCACGGAGAUGUUUGUGGGUGGAUGUCUUGCUUUCAUACUGGACAACACAGUGCCAGGGAGCCCAGAGGAACGAGGUCUCAAACAGUGGAAAGCUGGGGCCCAUGCCAACAGUGAGAUGUCUACCAGCCACAAGAGCUAUGACUUCCCCAUUGGAAUGAGCAUGGUAAAAAGGAUUACCUUUCUGAAAUACAUUCCUAUCUGCCCAGUCUUCAAAGGCUUUUCUUCAAGGUCAAAAGGCCAGCUUCCAGUUCCAGAAGACACUCCAGAAAAUACAGAAACUGGGUCUGUGUGCACCAAGGUCUGAAAAAUUACUCCCAGGAAAGGUAGGACGUGUGUUUAGUCUAUGACUUUUGUGGGAGGGUUGAAAAAUCACAACAUCUUUAUGCUUUUACCAAAGAAAAGCCAAAC